CGCCAUUUUGGCUCAAACAAAGUCAGAAACAUUUCAUCUCUGAUAAAAGUAUUUUAAAUUAAAUGUUUAAAAUACGAUGCAAAAACUCUGCCUGACAGCACUGUCGUUUUGCAGGCACUAAUAUCGAGUCCAUAAGUAAUUGUUCUUAUGUUUUAGUAGUUUUAAAAAAUGAUUAAAAUCCACAGCUGAGCUUAUUUGCCAGCCAAGCUAACUUAACGUUUGCUAAAUUUAGCUUUACUCUUUCUUUUAACUGAGUGCAAAUGGGUGGCUGCUCCGCUCCGAACUGCUCCAAUUCAACCAGCAUAGGGAAGCAGCUGUUUAGAUUCCCCAAAGACCCUGUCCGUAAGAAGAAAUGGGUGGUGAACUGUCGACGUGACUUUGAACCAACUCCACACUCCCGACUCUGCCAGGACCAUUUUGAGCAGAGCCAGUUUGAGGAGAUAGCCAGGUCUCCAGCUGGCGGAAAGAAGCUGAAGCCCAACGCCAUCCCCACUCUGUUUAAUGUUGGAGACCCUCCGUACGCUGCAAUCACUACUCCAUACAUCCUGCUGCCUUUAAAACCUGAACCAGUGGAGAAGGAGCUGAAUUUUGGGGACCAUGGCUAUGCCAGACGCACCCCUCUGCCCGGCCUGGAGGAAGAGGAUGCAGACAGGACAACUGAAGACCAGCAGCCCUGCACACAGUGUCAGCUCCUCAAGAAGCAGCUGGAGCAGGAGAUGCAGCACACUGCAAGGCUACAAAAGGAGGCAGAGGAGAUGAAGAAGCGUCUGUAUCGGCUCGACCGGAUUGAGAAGGGCCUCCAGAACUUUCUGUUUGAGGACCAGAUCCGUGCCCUGUCCCUCACCAAGCGCUCCCGACGUGCUGUCUGGUCUCCAGAGACCAUCCUGAAGGCCAGGAAGAUCCGCUGUGCUGUUGGCACAAAGGGUUACGAGUAUCUGAGAGAGCUGGGAUACCCGUUACCCUCCUACAGGACCUUGUGUAACCGCCUGGAGACUAAGAUCAUGGUGACGACGGACAUGAGCUGCGAGGAGCUGGCAGAGCUGGGCCUGGGGCUCAUGGCCACCUGCGACAGUCCAACAGAAGUUGUUGGGGACAAUGAUGAGGAAGACUUGAUAGGUGUUUUGUCCUGAUCCCGGCAGUUUGCAUGACUCGUUGACUCAAAACAAGGGAAGAAUGUGCAAUGUGAAAAGCUGCAGAUGGGAUCAAGAGAAAGAGGAUGGGCAAGUUAGGCUUAGCAUCUACGUAAGGCUUAAGCAUUGAUACAAAUGUACGAUUUGCCUGACAGAGGUCAUGAGUUGAUUGAUUAGAAAUGUCACAUGGUUGUGCUUGCAAUCUGCACCACUAACAUAUGGCUUUGCUGAACUGCUGUGAGAUGCUGGGGCUUAUGGUUUAUGCAUAUGAUUUUCCUUCCAUGAAGAUGCUGACCAGUGUGGUUGGACAUGUGAGGAAAUGUAGUCUGAGGAAAAGUAGCCUACCAAUGAGAAGGUGGAAUUGUUUGGGAAGUGCAGACAUAUAAUUUACACACGGCCUGUUGAAUUUGCUGCUUGUGUUUAAGGUCAAGUGUCUAGAGCUGAUUUAACAAGUGUUUCUGUCUGCAUUUACAUGCACAAUAAAACCCUGGUAGUAUUCAUGAUACUCAAACGUCCUGCAAGCAGAUAAGCUUGUAUCCUGGGUGUUGAGUAUUCUGAUAUUAUGAGGACUACUGUGGCAUGCAAACACAUUACACAAUAAACUGUCCUGUACUUUAUGUUAGCUUUAUUUUUUGGUCAAAUUCACCCCAAAUAUUCAUCAUUUGAUGGUAUGUGUAAAGCUGUAGCACAAAACUGGGAUGAAAGUGAAUGUCUGGAAUGAUAUUUGCAUUUAAAGUUUAAACAUAAUUGGUGGGUUUUGGUCUCAAACCAUGCUGUCUGACUUAACAUUCUCUGUUACAAAUCAUUGGAAUACUGUCAGCAGAAUUAAGUUUGAUUUCCUUAAUUCUCAUGCAGCCCAUUUUGAUCACAUGUUCGAAACCUUUGCAGUUUUUCAGUAACACAUCAUAGAAUUUAUUAGGGAGCACUGUGUUCAGUCAACAAGGAAAUCAAGUUAGUAAACCCUUCAUUGGUAAAUAACUAGUGUAAUUCUACACUAGAUCAAUUGUAAAUUUCAAUUAGUUGGACAUUUGACUGUUUGCUCUGUCUUGAAGUGUUCAAAUUUGCAGUGCAGUUGUAGUUACCACAAAAGGUAUCAAUGAAAGCUCAGACAAACCACAGUAAGUCACAUGACAUUAUAUAUAUUGAAAACACUGGCACUGUGACAAAAUAAAGUGAUUGUAAAGAA